CUGUGUUUUGCAGGUGACAGGAAGAAAGUUCAUAUUGAAGAAUUGUGAUUUAAGGUUCAUCAACUACCUCAAAUUUAAAAGGAUAACAAUGCUUACCUUUGGCAUAACGAUAGUUCGACAUGGUGAAACAGAAUGGAAUAAAAAAGGCCUCCUACAAGGCCAGGCGAUAGACUCGUCUCUAUCAGAAAUAGGGAUGCAGCAGGCAGAGGCUGCAGGAAAAUAUCUCAAAGACGUCAAGUUCACCAACGUGUUUGUCAGUGACAUGGCCCGUGCCCGCCAGACUUGCGAAGCAAUUGUAAAACACAACAGUAGUUGCUCUGGCCUAGAAAUUGUCACCGAUCCAUCACUUAAAGAGAGGAGUUUUGGGAGUGCCGAGGGGGGCUUGGUGGUGGACAUGAAGAACAUGGCUACAGCGGCUGGUCAAUCGUGGCUGGACUUCACUCCUCCAGGGGGAGAGACUAUAGAACAGAUGAAGACGCGGAUCAAAGAGUUUCUGGAGCACCUGUUCCAGCGCAUGGUGGCUGACCACUGCAGACCAGGACAGAGGGAGACAGGGAUGCCAGAGGGGGCUCUUGCAGGCAAGCCAGAUGAUGGGACCAGAGAUGUUCCUGCCCAUGCCCUGGUGGUCAGCCAUGGGGCCCUAAUACGUGUGGCCAUGCGCUACCUUGUGGACGAGCUAAAGUGUCCUUUACCCCAGGGGUUGGACAUGUCCCAUGUGAUCGCUCUCUGUCCCAACACGGGCAUAUGUCGGUUUAUCUUCACUGUGACAAAAAGGGAUGCGGGCAUCACCCUCUCAGCCAUCCGCUGUGUCUUCAUCAACAGGUGCGAGCACAUCUAAGAGGAGGGGUAGAGUAGAGGGGGUUGAAGGAAAUAAUCUCCUGGUUCACACUAUAGGGCCGACUAGAACCGUACUGUGCUGUUUAGGAUAUCUUCUUUUCACAUUGUCCUUUCUAGCAUGGUUCCAGCAACUAUGGUAGAUAGGCAAAGUGGUACUGGGCUGGCCUGACUCGCCUUGGCCUCUUGAGUGUGAGUCGGUCUGACUAAGAUAUACACAGACUCCAUAUCGGAAUCUGGUUGAGUUAUUUAAAAUUAUUUUAAGGCAUACACUACCGGUCAAAAGUUUCAUAACAC